AUGCUCAGUCCUGCUGUGGUGGAGUUAUGGACACUGUAUUCCGUUGGAGUGGCUAUAACGCUGCUUAGAACAUAUGCACGAUACAGAGCCGUGGGAUGGAAGCAAUUCGCGGCCGACGACUACUUGACAGCUCUUGCAUAUAGCGUGAGCAGUGUGGCCCAUGGCCUGGCGAACAGUGGAAUGACAGACGCCCAGCGCGCGUCGCUGUCUGUUGACGAUUCGGAAUAUUAUCAAAGAGUGGUUGGCUCGAAAAUCCAGGUUGCAGGCUGGGCUACUUAUGUGGCGUUGAUUGCGUCCCUGAAGCUGUCAAUGAUGGCCUUCUACGUCCGGCUCACGAAUGGCCUUGGUCCCCGCUAUCGCAUCCCAGUUUGGGCUGGGUUUGCGCUUGUCAUUGGAAGCUUCCUGGCUAGUAUCAUCGUCAUUCUUGCAGCCUGUCGGCCAUUCCACAAGUACUGGCAGAUCUACCCCGACCCUGGAAACACCUGUCAGCCCGCUAUCUCCAAGGCCACCAUCUGGGUCACCUUCAUCGCCAACAUCAUCACCGAUCCAUACCUCAUCUUCAUCCCAAUCCCCAUGUUGUGGAAGUCUAGCCUGAGGCUUAUCAAGAAAAUCGCAACAACCGUCGUGCUGGGCGCCGGUGUGUUUGUUCUCGUCUGCGCCACUCUCAAGAGCGUCUUCCUUAUCACGGACCCGCUGAACGGCGCCGAAAUUGCCAAUUCAUGGGGCACACGCGAGACCUUCGUCGCGGUCGUCACCACCAACCUCCCGAUGAUCUUCCACCUCUUCCGAUCCUGGCUCAACGUGCUCUUCGGAAGCGCCUUCCAAUCGACGGAGAAGACCUCAUACAAGUCACCGUGUAUCGGGGGUAGCGAGUUCACCGGCCGAAAUUAUCGAAGUCGGCGCGGACCCCCGAGCGUGAACCCCAUCACCAACAUGACAUUCAGCGAGAGCAAGGAACGGAUAGUCGAGGAUGUUAAGAUGCAGAACAUGCACAUAUAUUCGGAGCCUGUGGCCGACAGCACCCUGUUUAAAGGCAUCGUGGUCUCCAACCAGAUUGAGGUCACCCAUGAAACUAGAAGUAGCCAUAUCGGUCGGUAUCCAAAGAGUUAA